AUGACUGAAGUUUUACCAAAAGAAAGGAAACAAAAAGAGGAGAAGACCUUAAUUCUUGGUCAAGCUGUGGUGGACCUUCUUCCCUUAUUAGCAGGAGAAAGUUCAUUUGAAACAACAGCCCCAUUGCAUCCUGUGCAGGGCUCACCUUUAGAAACUCCUCGAUCAGGUGUUAAGAAGGACUACCCCAUUUUAUUCAAGAAUGGAACUCUGAAGUCUGGAGGGGAAAGAGAACCUCUUCCCCGGCCAAAAAAAUGGCCUAUUGCCAACAUUCUGGCUCCGGGAGCUAAUAACAUUCCUGAUGCAUUCAUCGUUGGUGGUCCUUAUGAGGAAGAAGAAGGAGAACUCAACCACCCUGAGGACAGAGAAUUUAGGAACCAAGCAGAGUGCAUGAAGAAAAGGAUUAUUUGGGACUUGGAAAGUCGCUGCUAUCUUGAUCCUCCUGCAGUGACUGAGGAUGAAGGUCAGCUUUCAUUUCAUGGAGUAGCUUAUGUUAAUAUGGUCCCAUUGCUAUAUCCAGGUGUGAAAAGAAUUCGGGGAGCUUUUCAUGUUUACCCUUACCUAGACAGUACAGUCCAUGAAAAGACCAAGUGUUCAUUUAGCUUAUUCCGGGAUACUGGCCAUCAUUUGGUUCAAAAUAAUAAAAUAGGAGGAAUUACUUCUCCACUUACCAAACAAGUUCUUUCUAAGAAUCUGAAAGAAGAUAAAACCGUCAAAGAAAAGGAUAUAGAUGGAAGGCUUAGGCCUGGGGAUAUGCAAGCAGCUAGUAUAAAAUCUCAGAGCUCAGAUACGCCGUUGGAAGGUGAACCCCCUCUAAGCCAUAAUCCAGAAGGACAGCAAUAUGUAGAAGCAGGGACAUACAUUGUGUUGGAGAUUCAGCUGGACAGAGCCUUGGUUCCAAAACGAAUGCCAGAGGAACUAGCCAGAAGGGUCAAGGAAAUGAUUCCUGCAAGGCCUCCCCUUACCCGCCGGACAGGAGGAGCUCAGAAGGCGGUGAGUGACUACCACUCACAGAUCAAGAACAUUUCUAGAGCCAUUUUGGAUGAGUACCACAGAAUGUUUGGAAAACAGGUGGCCAAACUGGGGAAUGAUAUAGAUAGUGAAACCCUGGAGGAGCAGAAGUGCCAGCUCAGCUAUGAACUUAAUUGCUCUGGAAAAUACUUUGCUUUCAAAGAACAACUCAAGCAUGCUGUGGUAAAGAUUGUGAGAGAGAAAUACCUGAAGACAACAUCAUUUGAAAGCCAGGAGGAACUACAGACAUUUAUCAGUGAGCUCUAUGUGUUCUUAGUAGAUCAGAUGCAUGUGGCCUUGAACCAGACCAUGCCAGAUGAUAUCCAAGACACUAUUUCAACCAUUUAUACAAGCAGUGAACAGCUUCGACUCUUUGCAUUUGAAGCAGAAAUCAAUGAGAACUUUGAAAUGGCGGCAGUGUAUUAUGAGGAGAGGUUGGUCCGUGACCCACAGAACCUCGAUCACUGGCUGGACUAUGGCGCCUUCUGCCUUCUAACUGAAGACAACAUCAAAGCACAAGAAUGUUUUCGGAAAGCUCUUUCCCUCAACCAGAGUCAUAUUCACAGCUUGCUGCUGUGUGGUGUCCUGGCUGUUCUGUUGGAGAACUAUGAGCAAGCAGAAAUUUUCUUUGAAGAUGCCACUUGCUUAGAACCAACCAAUGUUGUAGCCUGGACUUUACUUGGUUUGUACUACGAAAUUCAAAACAAUGACAUUCGAAUGGAAAUGGCAUUUCAUGAGGCAUCCAAACAGCUUCAAGCACGAAUGCUUCAGGCACAAACAACAAAGCAAAAGAGCACUGACAGCUCAGAGUAUGUUGAAGAAGGCGGGAAAAUAGGAUCCAAUUUAGGCCCUUGGGGACCCACAAAUGUUUCGUCUACAAUACCAGUCAAGGUGGAAGCCUCAGCAGUACCAGGAGCUGCAUUAUCCAUUCCAGAUGAAUUUCUUGAAGAAUCCUCCAAACUUCAGUCUGAUUCGCGAGAACCCAUUUUGACUACACAAUUUCAGGAUCCAAGUAUGGGCCCAAAACCAUCUAACAUAUUUCUCAAGGAAAUACCAGGAAAAAAAGAAGCAUCAAAAUGUCAAGAUUCAUCAGCUUUUCUGCAUCCUGUCCAUUAUUACGGUGUUUCCCAAACUCCUUCUACCACUAUCUUCAUGGAGACCAUACGUUUCUUGAUGAAAGUUAAUGCUGUGCAGUACGUGCGCAGAGUGCUUGCACAUGAGCUGUUAUGCCCUCAGGGCGGCCCCAGCUGUGAGUAUUACUUGGUGCUGGCCCAGACACACCUUCUCAAGAAGGACUUUGCCAAGGCAGAGGAAUACCUUCAACAAGCAUCCCAGAUGGACUACCUGAACCCUAAUGUCUGGGGUGUGAAGGGCCAUCUCUAUUUUCUAAGUGGAAAUCAUGCUGAGGCCAAGGCAUGCUAUGAGCGAACCAUUAGUUUUGUAGUAGAUGCUUCUGGGAUGCACUUCAUCUUCCUGCGACUGGGUCUUCUCUAUCUGGAAGAGAAAGAGUAUGAAAAGGCAAAGAAAACCUACCUGCAAGCUUGUAAGAGAUCACCUUCAUGUCUUACCUGGCUAGGACUGGGAAUCGCCUGUUACCGGCUGGAGGAGCUCACAGAGGCUGAAGAUGCUCUCUCGGAAGCCAACGCAUUAAACAACUGCAAUGCUGAAGUAUGGGCAUAUCUGGCUCUGGUCUGCCUGAAAGCUGGACGGCAACUGGAAGCUGAACAGGCCUACAAGUAUACAAUAAAGCUGAAAUUGAAAGAUGAGGCUCUGCUUGCAGAGAUCCGCAUGGUACAGGAAAUGGUUGGCUUUGGAAAUCCAUCUUUCUGA